AUGGAGCCGCAGUUGACUUCCUGCCCGCAGUCCCCCUCUGUCAUCUUCCUGUUGGUGGCUACUUCCUGCGCCUGGCUCCUUCCCGGCGCCUCGGCUCAGCGCAUCCCCACAGACCCGCAGGGGGCGCCCGAGUACGCCCACUCCAUCCGGCUGGACGGGGACGUCAUCCUAGGGGGAUUAUUUCCAAUCCACUCCAGGGGGGACCGCGGCACGCCCUGCGGCGAGCUGAAAAAGGAGAAGGGCAUCCAUCGCUUGGAGGCCAUGAUGUUCGCCAUCGACCUGAUCAACAAGGACCCGGAUCUGCUGCCCAACAUCACGCUGGGGGCCCGGAUCCUAGACACCUGCUCCAGGGACACCUACGCUCUGGAGCAGUCCCUGACAUUCGUGCAGGCCUUGAUAGAGAGGGACGGCUCCGAUGUCCGCUGCGCUAACGGAGACCCCCCCAUCUUCACCAAGCCGGAUAAAAUCGUAGGAGUGAUUGGAGCUGCGGCCAGCUCGGUGUCCAUCAUGGUGGCCAACAUCCUGCGCCUGUUUAAGAUCCCCCAGGUCAGCUACGCCUCCACAGCUCCGGAACUGAGCGACAACACCCGUUAUGACUUCUUCUCCCGUGUGGUGCCACCAGACUCCUACCAGGCCCAGGCCAUGAUGGACAUCGUCACGGCGAUGGAGUGGAACUACGUGUCCACGCUUGCCUCAGAGGGCAACUACGGCGAGAGCGGCGUGGAGGCCUUCAUACAGAUCUCCAGAGAAACAGGUGGUGUGUGUAUCGCCCAGUCCUUGAAGAUCCCCAGGGAGCCCCGAACGGGCGAGUUUGACAAGAUCAUCCGACGCCUGCUGGAGACCUCCAACGCCAGGGCGGUCAUCAUGUUCGCUAAUGAAGACGACAUACGACGAAUUCUAGAUGCAGCUAAAAAGAACAACCAGACGGGCCACUUCCUGUGGGUGGGUUCCGACAGCUGGGGGUCCAAAAUCUCCCCUGUGAUUGGCCAGGAGAGGGUGUCCGAGGGCGCCAUCACGAUACUUCCCAAACGGGCUUCUGUGGACGCGUUUGACCGGUAUUUCCGUAGCCGCUCGCUGUCCAACAACAGGAGGAACGUGUGGUUCGCUGAAUUCUGGGAGGAAAACUUCAACUGCAAGCUGGGGAUGCACGGCAAGCGACCCGGCAGCCUGAAGAAAUGCACAGCUUUAGAAAAAGUCGGCCGGGAUUCCAGCUACGAGCAAGAGGGGAAGGUUCAGUUUGUGAUGGACGCCGUGUACGCCAUGGCCCACGCUCUGCACCGCAUGCACCGGGAGCUGUGCUACGGCUACCCAGGCCUCUGCCCGCGCAUGGCCAGCAACAUCGACGGCAAAGAGCUGCUCAGCCACAUCCGUGCUGUCAACUUCAAUGGAAGUGCGGGUACACCAGUGGUUUUCAAUGAGAACGGAGACGCUCCAGGAAGGUACGACAUCUUCCAGUACCAGAUCUCCAACAGAUCUAUUGCGGAGUACAGAGUCAUCGGCUCCUGGACCAAUAAACUACACCUCAAAGUGGAGGCCAUGCGUUGGAAGAUGGGCGACCCGUCUCUCCCAGCAUCUGUAUGCAGCACACCGUGCCGCGCCGGCGAGAGGAAAAAGGUGGUGAAAGGUGUGCCGUGUUGUUGGCACUGUGAGCGCUGUGAGGGAUACCACUAUCAGGCGUCCGAGUUCACCUGUGAGCUGUGUCCGUACGAGAUGCGGCCCGACGUCAACCGCACCGGCUGCGUCGCCAUCCCCAUCAUCAAGCUGGAGUGGCACUCCCCCUGGGCCAUCUUCCCCGUCUUUAUUUCCAUGCUGGGCAUCAUCGCCACCUCCUUCGUCAUCGUCACGUUCGUCAGGUACAACGACACGCCCAUCGUGCGCGCGUCCGGCCGCGAGAUGAGCUACGUGCUGCUGACGGGAAUCUUCCUGUGUUACGCCAUCACGUUCCUGAUGAUCGCCACGCCGGACGUGGGCGUGUGCUCGUUCCGGAGGAUCUUCCUGGGCCUGGGGAUGUGUUUCAGCUACGCCGCCCUGCUCACCAAGACCAACCGGAUACACCGCAUCUUCGAACAAGGGAAGAAAUCCGUAACGGCACCCAGGUUCAUCUCCCCGGCCUCCCAGCUCAUCAUCACCUUCUCCCUGAUCUCGGUUCAGCUCAUGGGAGUCUUCAUCUGGUUCGCCGUUGACCCCCCGCACACCGUGGUGGACUACGGCGAGCAGCGGACCCAGGACCCCACGUCGGCGCGCGGCGUCCUCAAGUGCGACAUCUCGGACCUGUCGCUCAUCUGCUCCCUGGGCUACUCCAUCCUGCUGAUGGUGACGUGCACGGUGUACGCCAUCAAGACGCGAGGCGUGCCCGAAACCUUCAACGAGGCCAAGCCCAUCGGAUUUACCAUGUACACCACUUGUAUCAUCUGGCUGGCGUUCAUACCCAUCUUCUUUGGCACGUCGCAGUCCGCAGAGAGGAUGUAUAUCCAAACCACCACGCUGACGAUCUCUCUCAGCCUGUCUGCCUCCGUGUCUCUGGGGAUGCUCUACAUGCCCAAGGUCUACGUCAUCCUCUUCCACCCCGAGCAGAACGUACCCAAACGGAAACGCAGCUUCAAGGCGAUUGUGACAGCUGCCACCAUGUCGGGAAAACUGGGCCAGAAGGGAGACCGGCCCAACGGAGAGGUGAAGACCGAACUGUGUGAGAGCAUGGAGACCAACACUUCAUCAACUAAGACGACCUACGUCAGUUACAGCAAUCAUGCCAUCUGA